AUGGACACCAACAAUCUCCUCAACGUCCCACCCACCUCUACACACACCCACACGGUCGUCUUCCUCCACGGAAGAGGCGGCUCCGCAAAGACUCUUGCCCAGUCUCUUCUCUACUCGCGCACCCGAGAUGGCCGCACGCUCUACCAGGCCUUCCCAUCCUUUCGCUGGGUUUUCCCCGAGGCCAAGGCGAACCCGUGCGCUGCGUUUCCAGGGCAGUCGUGGCAGCAGUGGUUCGACAUUUGGAAUGUGCAGAACUUCUCCGAUCGCGAAGAGCAUCAAGCGACCGGGCUGCGGGAAAGCGUCCUGUUCAUCCGCCGCGUCCUGGCUCGGGAGGCCGCCGUCCUCGGCGGUCGCUACGACAGGAUCAUCCUCGCCGGCAUCAGCCAGGGCGCCGCAACCUCGGUCCAUACGCUGCUCAACCUUGGAAUAUCACCACCGACCGACGGCCGAGCAGGCCGUGGUCUUGCGGCAUUCCUUGGGUUCUGCUCCCGGAUGCCGUUCCCGGGCCGUACCCUGGCUGACGCGCGCAAGAUACUGAACGUUGAAAAUGCGCCACAAGAUGAUGUUACAAUCAGGCACACUCCGAUGCUUCUGGAGCACUCUGCCGACGACCCCCUGGUACUUGUCAGCAGUGGUCGCGCCUUGAGAGACACCCUCCGUGGCUUCGGUGCCACUGUUGAAUGGCGGGAGUAUCCAGACGGCGGCCACUGGUUUAACUCGCCUGCUGGUAUAUCUGACGUUGUCGAGUAUCUCAACAAGGUCCUUGACGUGCAAUCCUCCCCUGUUAAGCAGCACAUCAGUACCUGGGGGACCUCUGGUGACAUGGAGUUGUCCUAG